CUCUGCAGGGUAUAGUCUCGGUGAGGAUCGCUUAUAAUGAAAAAUAAUGUGGCUUUUCCAUCCAUUGAUCAGAAUCGGACUAAUUGGUUUCAGUGAUUGGUCAGCUUUGAUGGUGGAGUCUUCAUCGACCCGACUGUAUCCCAGCGGCAUCCUCACUGCCGUCUCCACUGUUUUUUUUUCUGAGAAGGUGAAGCAUUUAUAUUAACACCAUCGGCCGCUAUGAACCGAAUAACGGGAAAGGCGAAGGAUGAAACUUUGAUCGAGCUACAGCACGCCACGGAAUCACAGACAGGAGAUGAAAACAGUGGAAAUGGCAUCAAUUCAUUAUCUGACAGAACAACACUGCCCGGACACACAGAAACAGAGAAGCUACAACCAAACAGAGACACAGUGUUCUUCAAGGAUGGGAAGCGGAGGAUUGACUUUGUGUUGUCUUAUGUGGAUGACAAAGAUGGAGAAAAGAAACAGGAGAGGAGGAGGGAGUUUGAGGCCAACCUUGAGAAAGCUGGCCUGGAGCUUGAGUUGGACGACAAAACAGACUCCAAAGACCAAAAGACAUACUUCUUGAAGAUCCAUGCUCCUUGGGAUGUACUGGCCACCUAUGGAGAUGUCUUGAAGAUCAAGGUUCCCUUCAAGGAGAGUGAUAUCCCCCAUGGUCAGGAUGUCCCGCUGGAGUGGCUCUCACAUCCUUUCCGCCUGCCACAGGAAAUCAUGCGUCCCCAGCCGGACUAUUUCACCCACCCUUUUGACAAGAGCAAGACAGACUUCUUCCUGAUCAAUGACAAGGAUACUUUUUUCCCACCCUCUACAAGAAACAGAAUUGUUUUCUACAUCCUGGCUCGUUGUCCGUACUACAAAGAAGGCCGGAAAGACAAAUGCAAGACAGGAAUCAAACGACUACUCAGCAAUGGGACCUACGCAGCAGCCUUCCCACUUCAUGAUUGUCGUUACUGGAAAAAGGGGAAAAAUGUUAAAUGUGAGAGUGAACGCUUCAACCUGUACAAGAACUGGGCCAGUUUUCUCUGCUUUUACAAAGAGCAGCCUCUUAACCUCAUCAGGAAGUACUACGGGGAAAAGAUUGGGAUCUACUUUGCCUGGCUGGGUUUUUACACAGAGAUGCUGUUCUUUGCAGCUGUCAUGGGUGUUAUAUGUUUCACCUAUGGAGUACUCAGUUAUGAAGACAACAUAUCAAGCCAUGAAAUUUGUGAUGCUAACAUUGGAGGCAGUAUCGUGAUGUGUCCACUUUGUGAUAAGAAAUGCCCUUUCUGGAAGCUCAACUCUACAUGUCUUUCCUCCUGGCAAUCCCAUCUGUUUGAUAAUGAGGGGACGGUAUUCUUUGCCAUAUUUAUGGGGAUUUGGGUAACUCUAUUUUUGGAGUUCUGGAAGCGGCGUCAGGCCCGGCUGGAGUACGAGUGGGACUUGGUGGACUUUGAAGAGGAACAGCAACAGCUUCAAACGCGGCCCGAGUUUGAGUUCACAUGCACUAACAGGAGACUCAACAAGAUCACCAAGGAAAUGGAGCCAUACCUCCCCGCAAGCAGCAAGUGUGCUCGCUUCUGCUUCUCUUCAGCCACUGUCAUCUUCUGGAUCGCUCUGAUAGUGACCUGUAUUAUUGGGGUCAUAGCGUACAGGCUGGCCGUGUACGCUGCGUUUGCGAGUAUCAUUUCAGACCCCGUGAAGGAGAUCCAGGUGGUGGGCAGAUUCAUCACUCCACAGCUAGCAACUUCUGUCACUGCUUCCUGCAUCAACUUUGUCAUCAUCAUGAUCUUAAACCUCCUGUAUGAGAGGGUAGCCAUUUGGAUCACUGAUAUGGAAAUCCCUAAGACCCACCUGGAGUAUGAGAACAGGUUGACCAUGAAGAUGUUUAUGUUCCAGUUUGUCAACUACUACUCCUCGUGUUUCUACAUGGCCUUCUUUAAAGGCAAAUUUGUGGGUUAUCCUGGUGACUAUUCAUAUAUGUUUGGAAAGUGGAGCAGAUUAAGGAAUGAGGAGUGUGAUCCUGGAGGCUGCCUGAUUGAGCUGACCACACAGUUGGUGAUCGUCAUGGCAGGAAAACAACUAUGGGGGAACAUUCAGGAAGCCCUGCUGCCGUUGAUACGUAACUGGUGGAGUAGCAGAAGGGCACGGCGCAAUCCUGAGAACCAUUACAGCCGCUGUGAGCAGGACCACGUCCUGCUGAACUUCAGCCAGCUGGGCUUGUUCUAUGAGUACCUGGAGAUGGUGAUCCAGUUUGGCUUCAUCACUCUGUUUGUGGCCUCUUUCCCCUUGGCUCCCCUCCUGGCUCUGUUCAACAACAUUCUGGAGAUCAGGGUUGACGCCUGGAAGUUCACCACCCAGUUCAAACGACCAGUGGCGUCCAAGGCCCGAAACAUCGGAGCAUGGCAGGAAAUCCUCAAUGCAGUGGCCAUUUUGUCUGUUGUCACCAAUGCGUUCAUCAUGGCAUUCACCUCAGACAUGAUUCCCCGUAUGGUCUACCUAUAUGCCUACAAUAAAGAGUCCUCCAUGACGGGCUAUGUGAACAACAGCCUGUCAAUAUACGACAUUUCACUGAUACCUCAAGACAACAUGCCAGAGGAUAAAGACAGCUGGCGUGAUUAUGUGAACACCACCUGCAGAUACAGAGACUACCGUUACCCUCCAGGCCACCAGAGGGAGUACACGCACACCAUGCAGUUCUGGCACAUUCUGGCAGCCAAAAUGGCCUUCAUUAUUAUUAUGGAACAUGUGGUUUUUGUGGUGAAGUUCUUUGUGGCAUGGAUGAUCCCGGACAUCCCGUCAGAUGUGAAGGCACGUAUUAAACGUGAACGCUACCUGAUUCAAGAGUACCUGCAUAACUAUGAAGUGGAGAGGCUCAAAAUCCAGAUGAGUGCCAGCUUUAUUACAGAGCCAGAGACAGAGAUGCCCUCCACACCAGACAAGCAUGAGAUGUUGUCUGAGUGCCUGUAGCCCCUGGUUCACACUGCCAACUAACCAAGCCAAGAGCGGACAUUUAUGGGAGUUUUAUCCUCGCCUAGAACAUAAAUAUGCAAGGGCUUCUGUCUUUGAGAUUUAAAACGCUAUAAUUUUUUCAUUUUUGAAUGGACAUUAUCAUCUGAUGAGAUCUGCUCCUAUAUUAGGAUCUGAACAGAAGCAUUAGGGGGAAUAAAUCAGCAUUUCAGUUUGUUUUCAAACCAGCUUCUUAAAUGGAUGAAACAUUUCAGUGCCAUGGAAAAUUGUUGGAAGGUGCUGGGAUAAAAUAGAUCAUAACUGCAGCUACCCCAUAUACUGCCUUCUCUAUGUUCAUGUUUCAUAACUAAAAAAAAUUCUAUGUAUGUAUGUAUGUGCUAAUAGACUUAGAAGAUAUGGUGUUGAAUAUGUGGCAUUCGGUGUAAUUAUCCUUUAAGAAGAGUUGAUAAUUAUGUAAUUAACUUAAUAACCUGUAUGAGAUUCUUCUAAUGAGAACACAGGAUGAAGGACUGAGCUGCUGAGACAAGAAGCAGUAUGUUGUAUGUCUGUUGUGAAAUAUUUUGAAUGGUAAUUGUGGUUAAAAAACAUAUCAUAGAUAUUAUACCCCUAACAUUUUCUAUCAUUUAUCUAUGAAUGAACAGUACAAGACACCCUUAAAUAUUGUUAAAUAUAUCAAAUGUGAAACACACUUAUAUUCAAAAGGACUGGUGCAUAUUCCUUAAACAGCUUCACUAUCAUUAAAAAGUAGCUACAUAUUUUCUAGUUCAACUUAUCUAUAGCAUGGCUGUAGGAUUGUCAGUUUCGUUAUGAGUGUAUGAGGUUUCGGGGAAAAGAUGUUUAAAAAAAUGUGUUUAAAACAAAGUACCUCCAUCAUACUGCAGUGAUAAUGUAACAAUCAAACAUCUGCCAUUAUUUCCACACAUUCCACCCUCAGUUAAGGGCUUCAACAGUAAAUGAUGGUGAGACGGCUGCUGCAGGCUCACGUCCCAUCCUCCAAAUGUAUUUCCAACUUGCUGCGGGACCAAUUAUAACAUUUCUACUAUCUGAAGCAACUACAUGAAGAACACGCUGGAAAGAUCUCAAGACAGAUCUUCUGUUUUAUGCGUUGCUUGUGAGAGUUUUACCGCUCGUAGUACAUGUACGUGGAUAAUAAAUGGCCUGGAUUAUUGUUUUCACAUUUUACAAUAUUAAUUUCUCCAUAAUAUAUUGUAGGCAGAUACAAUUUUAAACUUGUUGUGAAGCAUUUGCAGUAAGAAAGCAGAAAAACUUUUGCCCUGUUUGGGGUUCGUGUAAGUGAGGAUUUCAGUUUUUUUUUAAAAUAAAAAAUCACUUUUAGCAACCAGUUCAUCAUCUAUAACUGGUUACUACGUGUUACUGUACAUAGUAAAAAAUAUGGUAAAUAUUUAAAUGGGCAGUGAAUUUUUUUUUUUUUUGGAUCUGUGGCUGGUUUGUCACUUGACACAUUUGUGUUUAGAGCUGUUUUAUAAUCCUCUUUGUUAGUUUUCUUUCCAUACUAACUACCAUCAAGUAGUGUUAGGUCAGUUCUUAAAGUAGCUUUUAUGCUAUAAAUUCCCACCCUGUCAAGGGACCAGACAAGUAAAAAACUCCUGCAACACAUUAUGUGGGAGAAAGCUCUAAUUAUGUUUUUUUAUAGUAGUUAAGGCAUUUAUCAGAUACAGUGGGAUGUUUUUGUAAUCUUCUAAAGCCUAACAUGAAUUUGGUAGCUGUUUAUAUUGAAGCAUUGUUCUGUGAAUUAUACACUUGUCACUCCAGAUAACUGCCAUUCUGAUUUGACAGUCAAAAAGUAAGCCUGACUUACUCCAAUCUCAGGAUUAACAUCUUGUAGUGUUUGUCGAGCAUCAGUGUGCAGCUGGUCAGGUGUUCUUUGAAUGGGGUUAGCUCAUGAUCCCAGGUGCAUGAUACAUUUCCCAAACAAACAAUUAAUGCCUUAAAGCUCUGUGUUUACUUGUUUUUGUAUGAUUUUAUAAUAACAAAAUUUCGUAUCUCAAUUAAAAACAAAUGUCAUGUGUUGCUGCUGCUAGUUAUUGCAAAAUAGCCUGUUUUGUCUGUGCAUGAAUUGCUGUUAUGUACAUAUUUUGUUAUUCACAUUCUAACUGCACUGUAGCCCGCUGUUCAGAAAUGCAAUUGGGCUUAUAAUAUUUACAAUAAAUGAAGAGAUA